AUGAGGUGGAUCUCAAACAUCCUUAGAGAUAUCAGAAGGUCUUGUUCCGAAAGAGAAAUAACAUCCACCUUCGACACAUACAAUGCCGAGGCAAACGAAAUAGUCACUUCUCAAACAUGCAGCGGUGUGAGAACAGAAAUAUCGAAGACAAUUUUUCCAUUCCUUCAGGUAUCUAGGGUUGAUAUCCUUGAUAGAAAUGCACAUGUCAGCCAGAUGUUUGGGACUCUGAGUCUAAAGAAUUCCUUGGUGCAGGUCAGCAUGGACCAUGAAAACAGCAUUGGGGUUAGGGCUAUGAAUAUGUAUGGAAACCUUGCCACAAGGAUCCAUACGAUAAUCACGGGGAAGAAGGAAGUGUUCAGCCAAGUCGAGAUGGAAAUGAAGAAUAGGAUCAGCAGUUUUGGAUUAAAGAUGAUAAGUCCUGCCAUAAAAAGUACAGGAAUGGUAUAUGUUGCAAACACACUCCAGCAGUUUGGAUCCUUGAGUCUUGGAGCCGAGAUUAUUGGGGCAGACACAGAGGUUGGUAUUUCAAUGUGUGGAAGGUACGAGCAUAGAAACGGGGUCUUUUCUGUAGGACUUCAGCAGUUCACGGCACUAAGCCUUAGUUAUUACCAUAAGAUUGGAAAGUUCUUUGAUAUUGGUGCAGAAAUACAGGCACCAAGAGCUAACCCACCCAGUGCAGCCAUAGGAUGCAGGCUAUCAACAUCAAAAACCCAAGUAAAGGCAAAUGUGAAUAGUGACAUGUCUCUGGGGUUUUAUCUUGGAGAAAGGCUGACUGAAGGGUUGACUUUUAAUGUCAAUGCAGAGGUUAACAAGUCCGGGUGUUCCCAUGGAUUUGGGUUUUCAUUGGAAUUCUAA